AUGUCUCAACCUCAACACAUGCAUACUUUCUGCAAUGCUACAGAUACCUUCACACAAACCAGCUUAUACGAAAUAAACCGCAACCUUUUACUCAUCGCUCUCGCUGAAACUUCCUCUCUCGUGACCUAUCUCAACGCCACAGUCGGUCUUAGCCCCGAGACAGUCCAUGGCAUGUUCCUAUGCAGAGGAGAAAUCAACGCAACGUCUUGCUCAGACUGUGUCCGAACCGCAGCACUACAGGUCGCUACAAACUGUACACUCAGCAAAAAAGCGGUCAUAUACUACGAAGAGUGUAUGGUACGUUACUCGGAUGUUUCUUUCGUAUCUGAAUUGGAAGUCAGACCAAUCAUCACUCGAUUCUCUCUUCGUUCUGCUCCAAACUUGAACCGGUUCAAUAAAACACUAUCCGAUAAGUUCGACCAACUGAUUCUCAAAGUGUCUUCUUCUUCUUUGAUUCCGUAUUUCUUGGAGGAUCAAGAACUUGUGACUCAAGUAGAAGGCUCUUAUGAGUUGAAAUCAAUGGUUCAGUGUAGUCCUGAUCUUGAUACGUCAAGCUGUACCUUUUGCCUCAAGUUUGCGUUCUUGAGAGUUUCAACUUGUUGCGGUUCACCAAGUUUGGCUCAGGUCUUUACUCCUAAAUGUCUUUUGAGGUAUAAAACCUCUGUUUUGCCAUCGUCACCAUCGCCUCCUUCUUGA